GGGCCAGGCUUCGCGGCCCUGUGACCCCGCGGCCAGGCAGGGACGCGACGGGACGCGCUGGGACGGGCGUCGGGGAUCGAGGGAGCUGCCCGGGGCGGGGGCGGCAUGGAGCGGAGGUGGGUCUUCGUGCUGCUCGACGUGCUGUGCGUGCUGGUUGCCUCUCUGCCUUUCGCCAUCCUGACGCUCGUCAAUGCCCCGUACAAGCGAGGGUUCUACUGUAGCGAUGACUCCAUCCGGUACCCCUACCGUCCAGACACCAUCACCCAUGGGCUCAUGGCUGGUGUCACCAUCACUGCCACCGUCAUCCUUGUGUCGGUGGGGGAGGCCUACCUGGUGUACACGGCCCGUCUCUAUUCCGGCUCCGACUUCAACAACUAUGUGGCAGCCAUCUACAAGGUGCUGGGGACCUUCCUGUUUGGGGCCGCGGUGAGCCAGUCCCUGACAGACCUGGGCAAGUACAUGAUCGGCCGUCUGCGACCCAACUUCCUGGCGGUGUGUGACCCCGACUGGAGCCGCAUCAACUGCUCUGUCUAUGUGCAGGAGGAGGUGUGCAGGGGGAGCCCUGCCAAUGUGACCGAGUCCAGAUUAUCUUUCUACUCCGGACACUCCUCCUUUGGGAUGUACUGCAUGAUAUUCUUGGCGCUCUAUGUGCAGGCACGGCUCUGCUGGAAGUGGGCACGGCUGCUGCGGCCCACGGUGCAGUUCUUCCUGGUGGCCUUUGCCCUCUACGUGGGCUACACCCGCGUGUCUGACUACAAACACCACUGGAGUGACGUCCUUGUGGGCCUCCUGCAGGGGGCGCUGGUGGCCGUCCUCACUGUUCGUUAUAUCUCCGACUUCUUUAAAACCCGGCCCCCGCAGCGUUGCCUGGAGGUGGAGGAGGUGGAACGGAAGCCCAGCCUGUCUCUGACGCUGACCUUGGGCGAUGCUGAGCACAACCACUAUGGGUACCCAGUGUCCAACUCCUGAGGCUGGAGCCUCUCAGGCAAGGGCCUGUCUGGGCCCUCAGGCUGUGGGUCAGCAUGACCGUGGUGCUGGCAGGGCCCUCACCUGGGAUGGUGACGAGGGCUCUGGGCAGGUUCCUGGUGCUCCGCUGGUUCCCGCGGGCGGGGGUCCACUAACCCUACCUCCUGGGCAUUGGACCAGGGGUCUGGGGGUGCCCAGGACAGCCCUAGUGUUUGGAAGGGGAGCAUUGUCCUCAUAGCUCCCUCAGUGCCUACCCCUUUUGUUGAUUAGGGAAGGGACCAAGAGAUCUGGAUAAAUGCUUUUUUUGUAAAAUGUAA